AUGGGCAUCAGAAGGAGCUUACACAUGAGGCUCAUUGCCUUAUGCACCACCUGCAUCCUCGUGCCUGCCAUCGCCUGCCCCUCGCAGUGUGUUUGCAAGUGGAAGAACGGAAAACGAUACGUCGAGUGUUCCGAAAAAGAUUUAAAAUCCAUUCCAACCACAAUAGACCCAGAAACCCAAGUUCUGGAAUUUUCGGGCAAUGACCUCCAAGUACUUCAAGAUUCAACCUUCCACAACCUGGGAUUGGUCGACUUGCAAAAGAUUUUCUUACAAAGAUGCGAAUUGCAGAAAAUUGAUAAACACGCAUUCACAGGCCUCGCUAAUCUAGUGGAGCUAGAUCUCUCUCACAACUAUCUCACUGUAAUACCGUAUACGAACUUUGUGUUCUUCCCAUCUCUUAUGAGGCUUUCGUUAAAUAAUAAUCCAAUAACGAGCAUCAAAACCCACUGCUUUCAACACCUAUCGUAUCUGAAUACAUUAGAAUUGAGCGACUGCAAAAUUGAAAUCAUAGAGAGGGAAGCGUUCUCUGGACUGAAUCAUUUAGAAUGGCUAAGAUUGAAUGGUAAUAAGCUAUCAAAUAUUCAAGGUGACAAUUUAUUUCCCGACACGCUGAGGGGUAUUGAGCUGCAGAAUAAUAAUUGGAACUGCGACUGUCAUUUGAGGGAUUUACAUUAUUGGCUGAUGAAUUUCAAUAUGCCUCAUACCGUAGAGCCGAUGUGCUCGAUGCCGGAGCGUUUAAAACGACGAAUCAUAAUGAGGGUCAGAGAACAAGAACUCGCUUGUGUGCCCAAAAUGAUGCCAACGUCUGUAUUUUUAGAAACUAAUAUCGGUAGUAAUGUCACGCUGGAGUGCCUAGUAAAAGCAAUUCCCGAAGCUAAAAUCACCUGGCUAUACCAAGGACAAAUCAUUCAUAACUACACGAUGGUGGCUUCCGAGCCCCGGGACGUUUAUUACGUCGAAAACGGUGUAACCGACAAAAAGAGUGAGUUAUACAUAUUUAACAUUGCGAAUGACGACAACGGCACAUAUUCGUGCGUAGCGGAAAACCCCGCGGGGAAAUCUACCGCUAAUUACACACUCAGAAUCAUAGUCAAAGAGGAGCCAGUAGUGAUUGUAGUCACAUUUCCCCAGAGACACUUAGUGGUAAUUGUUACUGUUAUAUUUUUAAUUAUAGUGUUACUAAUAGCAAUAAUAGCUGUAGUGCUGCUCAAGUUUAAAACGGACACGCGGAGUCGAAAGAAAAAGGAGAGCGGGAAAGACGUCGCAUUAUGCAAUCAAAUUCUUCCAUCGAGCAGAAGUAAUGGCACGCUUCCCAAGAAUAACGGGAGUGUCAUAGUUAACGCACACUCGCACCAUGCCCUUCACUACACUGUGCAGUCAAACCGUGAUUAUGAAACUAACGAUGUGUAUCAAAGUAAUAACAUCAAAGGGUUUGUCGACAGAAAUCCUGACCUAAUUAGCGACGCGGAAACAGUUGCUAACAAUGCACAAAACGAGCACACAGUGCUGUCUGUAUACAAAGCGCCAAACGUGAGCGGCGACGGUUUUGAAGAGGAAACCGCAUUCACCGCACCAACUUUACCCAGGCAGGUCACGUGGCAGGACCAACAAAACCUAAACAAUGUAAAUAUACCGCCGAAUACGAUAAACAACAUGUACCAACAUUCCGCGGAUGUACACUUAAAUCCCGGCUGCUUUUUAGACAGCGAGGGCUAUCCCUACGAUUAUGGACUUCCAAAACAUCCUUGUAGGCCUUCAAUGAUGUCGAAUUAUGCCGUAGUUGGGCCUUUCUAUCAGACGCUGCCGCACAAUAGGCCGAAAGGGCAGAAACUUGUAUGCAAAUUUGCCAAGGAUACAGAAUUCAAUGCGACCCCGCCAGCGUGCCCGAAUUUCGAGGUAUUCAACGCAACGAACGUGCGGCGAACAUUGGAAGGCUACCCCGUACCACGUAACCGUCAGAUUGCCUUUGUAGGGAACGGAACUGUGUAUUACAAUGAUGAGUUCGUUCCUUCGCCUCCUGAAGGAUACAAAACGGAGCCAGUAGUGCAAUGCUGCGCUCCGACAGAGUGUAGUUCUUGGGUAAAUCCGAAAGGAACGUGUGCUGUGAUGGUGCCAAUUGGAGUGGCCGAGGGCCCUGGUCGGUGUUACCAGGUCGAAACUCGGUGCGUGGACACUCAGACCACAGACGCUCGUAUGCCAGGCGAGGGAACGGAGAACGUUCUCAAGCCCUUGCCUCAAGUGUCAAACGCGAAAUGUGCAUCAGAAAUUUGCUCGGAGAGUCCCGAUGAGGGCUACGUAGGCGACGCGAACGACAUCUGACGACGACGGCACGCCGAUAACGCGUAAACAGGGCAAUAUAGGCGCUAAUAUAGCGUAAAAGCGACUGAAUAUGGUAGUAUUAUACAUAGAGACGGUGACUAAAGCAGAGAGCGACGCUCGAAUGUUUUAGUCGCGCUCUUUCAGGCCGAAUCAAAUGAGUUUAUGCCAAUGACAUCAGGUUGUGAUCGUGUUAUAAAACAGUAAUGAACUCGAUUGUCCUUCCAGUGGCGAUGAACACAUUAAAGCGUCAUUCACUGCCGAAUGCCCAUCGUUACCAGAAUAUCAAUACCAAAUUUUCCCUAGUCAAAUCUCAUCUAGCAAAAUUGUUUUCCAUUAUUGCA